CCCCUUCCCCCAAAAAGCGAAGCGGCGCGGCAAAGGAGAGCCCCGGCGGCCUUCCUCGCCUCUGGCCUGUAGGAGGCAAACGGCUCCCGGCGCCUGGGCGGAAGAAGGCGGGCUCUCGGCGGGGCCGCGAUGGCUGACGAGGGCGGGCAGCCUCCGCCGAAAGGGCCCUGCUGCCGCGCCGGCCUCCCCGCGAGAUAUUUCUGCACGGCGGGCCGCGGGAUGGAGCCUUUCCUGCUGAGGGAGGUGCGGACUCGGCUGGACGCCGCGCAGGUGGAAUAUGUAUCAGGAAAAGUCUUCUUCACCACCAGCGCAGAGCUGAGUAUGCUGAAGGAGCUGAAGUCUGCGGAGCGGUUGUUUUUGCUGCUGAAUAAAUAUCCUCCACUUUCCAUCUCUAGAAAUAAAGGCAGAGUAAUUCAUGACAUUCAAAAACUUGUAAAUGAGACUCCCAGGCAUUGGCUGGAUAUGGUUACUCUUUGGAGAAGUCUUCAUUGCCAGGAGGUGAAAGAAGAAAACAGGUGUGAGGAACGUCCAGACUCCCAGAAACGGAAGCUGGAAGAGGAGGGCAGCAUCCAAAAUAAAAAACAGAAGAGAGAACUAAUAUCGGAGACAGUUUCUGGUGAAACUCAAAUAGAAAACCAACAAAGCUGUAACACCUCCGAGGUUCAUAACAGCAACAGCUUGUCUUUGGGCAGAUUAUUUUUGGAAAAGACUCCUGAACUUAUUCAAGAGGAAUCUGGCGAGAGCAGCAGUUCCUUCAGCUUCAGAGUUUCCUGCCGCUGUAGUGGAGCCCUUGCAAAAAUAUUUACUGCUCAGGAGAUGGGGAGGAUAAUUGGAACUGCUCUUAUGAAGAACUUUGGAUGGAAAGCAGAUUUGAGAAAUCCUGACAUAGAGAUCUUUGUGCAUCUAAAUGACAUUUACUCUGUGAUUGGGAUUCCUGUUUUCAGACUUCCCUUGGCAAGCAGAUCAUAUAUCAAAACAGCUGGGUUGCGAUCUACCGUUGCUUGGGCUAUGGCAUCCCUUGCUGAAAUCAAGCCUGGUGCAUUUGUACUGGAUCCUACAUGUGGGCUAGGAACAAUACUCCUAGAAGCAGCGACCGAAUGGCCUAAUGUACAUUAUUUAGGGACUGACAUAAGUGAUUCACAAUUAGAAGGAGCCUACACUAAUAUUAAAGCUGCAGGCCUAGUGGAUAAAAUCAGGUUACUGAAAGCUUCUGUGACAGCGUUGCCAUUUCAGUCGGAAAGCAUUGAUGUUGUUCUUGCGGACAUCCCCUUUGGAAAGAAGUUCAAAAUAACAAAAGACAUGACCUUACUGCCGGACGUUUUUCAAGAAAUUGAGAGGGUACUUUGUGGUGGAGGGAUUGUUGUGCUGCUACUUAGUCAAGAGCUCUACAAGCGCCUCUCUGGUGACAUUGCCAGCAGUCUAGGUACUGAGAACUGCACCCCUGCAAGUCCUUGCAAACAAAGUGCCAUGAUGUUAGUCAGCAACACCAAAGGAAACAGCAUUGUCCCCACAACUGUUCCCCUAUCAACUCAAGAGGCAGAGAGAGAAGACACCAGCGAUAAAAGGAUGACUUUUGGCUCACUGGUGCUGGUGGAAUCCUUGGAAGUUAGCCUUGGCAAAACAGAUGCAUUCAUAUGCAAGUAUAAGAAGGUAACAGGAGGUUUUGCAAGAAGUUAGCAGCAUUCAGCAAAUGUGCAUGAAGCAGUUUGGAGCUUCUGCUUUGAACCAUAUGGAUCUGGAGCCGCUGAGUUUUGGUGAGCCCAGAGCUCAGCCAUCAGAAUUGCCUUAGCUUCCAUACCUCCAGUGGGCCCCAAAGGUAUGUAGCAAGGGUCUCUAAAUGAGAAGGCCUUUGGCCAAAUCUAGGCCUUUAAGGGAUGCUUAA